GAGCGUACUGAGUUAGUACGCAGUCCGCGUCCUCCAUCGUUGAGGAAAUUGGCGCGCUGCGCUCAGGUUAGGUCUCCCAAGCUUGCUUCCUGUCAUCAGCAGUAGCACCACUCUUACCCAAAAACCCCUUUUGAAUCUCCACAAGACAAGAUACAUGUGCCUGGUUGUAAUAAUGUAGAAAAAUCCUGAGCUACUCAUUAUGUUUAUGCAAGUGGAUCCAGUUCUCUGCUUGUUGUGGCAGCAUCAACUCUAGCAUGGCCCAGUCCUGGGUUCGAGCCCUUUGGGUCCGAAGGUGUAAAGGUUUUGGUACUCUCAGCUGCAGGUUACGUACCAAAGUAAAAAAUGAAAGUGAACCUUCGGCAGAAAGGAAUCUCAUCAGUCCCUCGGGGCAUCAUGUUGGGUCAUUGUCCAGGCCUACCUUAUUUGCGACUGGGGUAUGCAAAAUAUUAUCACCAGGACUAAAUUCUAGGCCAAUCUCAGCUCCUUGGCAAUUUCUGGCUGUAGAAGGGUUUUGCCAAGUUGCAAAGGAAAAUAGAGAUUUGCAGGUAUCGAGUGAAAAUCAUCAAGUUGUUGAAGACGCUUUAUCAAGUUCUUGUGAACCUAGCACUUCAAGCACUGAAUUCACAAAAUCUUUUGCUUCUGAUGCCAACGUACCCAAAGCUAAAAGUAGACGAAAGAAAUCAAUGGUGGAGUUCAGCAAAGUUGAUGCUGAUCUGCUUCCGACUGUUAUUUUAGUUGGACGUCCGAAUGUGGGCAAAUCAGCACUCUUUAAUCGUUUAAUUCGGAGGAGAGAGGCUCUUGUAUACAACACCCCUGAUGAUCACGUCACUCGCGAUAUACGUGAAGGCAUUGCAAAAUUGGGCGAUCUGCGGUUUAGAGUAUUGGACUCUGCUGGCUUGGAAAUGGCAGCAACUUCAGGAAGUAUUCUUAGUAGAACUGCAGAAAUGACUGGAAAUGUGAUAGCACGGUCUCAAUUUGCAAUCUUCUUGAUAGAUGCGAGAGAUGGACUUCAGCCUCUAGAUUUGGAAGUUGGGAAGUGGUUGCGCAAGCAUGCUUCAGGAAUUAGUACUAUCUUGGUGCUGAAUAAAUCUGAAUCACUUGAUGACCGAAUCGGGUUACUUACUGCAGCAACUGGGGAAGCCCAUUCUUUAGGAUUCGGGGAUCCUGUUGCAAUAUCUGCAGAGACUGGGUUGGGUAUGGUUGAUCUUUAUGAAGCUCUCUGUCCUCUUCUUGAGGAUUAUAUGCUUCAAACUUUGAAUGAUAAACUCAUCAAGGAUAAUAGUUCCUCAGAGGUUGAGGAUACCUCAGAAGAGGCUAAGUUACCUUUGCAGUUGGCAAUUGUAGGACGGCCCAAUGUUGGAAAGUCUACACUGCUGAAUGCAUUGCUACAAGAAGAUCGAGUUCUGGUUGGUCCAGAAGCUGGUUUGACCAGAGAUUCUGUUAGAGCUCAGUUCGAAUUCCAAGGAAGAACCAUAUACCUGGUAGAUACUGCUGGUUGGCUACAAAGAACAGGGAAAGAAAAGGGACCAGCAUCACUGAGUGUUAUGCAGUCAAGAAAAAAUCUUAUGAGGGCUCAUGUUGUUGCAUUGGUGCUUGAUGCAGAAGAGAUUGCAAAAGCCAGAAGUAGCAUGAAUCAUGCUGAAGUAGUUAUAGCACGUCGAGCAGUAGAAGAAGGUCGUGGUCUGGUUGUGAUUGUCAACAAGAUGGAUCUUCUAAGUGGGAAGCAAAACGCGAAGUUAUAUGAGAAGGUCAUUAAGGCUGUUCCUGAAGAAAUUCAAACAGUUAUACCUCAGAUCACAGGGAUACCAGUUGUUUUCAUUUCAGCAUUGGAGGGGAGGGGCCGGAUAGCUGUCAUGCGACGGGUUGUGGAUACAUACCAAAAAUGGUGUUUAAGGUUAUCAACUGCUCGUCUUAAUCGUUGGCUGCGGAAGGUUAUGAGCAGGCAUUCCUGGAAAGAUCAAGCUGCACAACCCAAGAUUAAGUACUUCACACAGGUCAAGGCUCGCCCCCCGACAUUUGUUGCCUUUGUAAGUGGGAAGACCCAGCUCGCAGAAACAGAUAUAAGGUUCUUAAUGAAGUCUCUCAAGGAAGAUUUCAAUAUGGGCGGGAUCCCCAUCCGGAUUAUGCAGCGCUCGGUCCCUAGAAAAGAGGGAGGUGGCAACAGCAUCAAGAGCCCCACUUUUAGGAUGCAUGUCCGUGUUGGAUCUGACAAAAGAACUGCCGCUUCACCACUGCCUGCACCCUAACUCAACUGGGACUGUUCUAUAUCAUCUUUGUCCAGUUACUAGAAAUUACUAGAAGUGAAUGGUUGUAUGUUGGAAAUACAAAGCAGUGGCAUACGGCUCUGUAUUGGCAGAAAAUUUUCCAGUUCAUAUACACAAGGGAAGUGAUACAAUGUAAACUGGCAGCGCUCAUUAGUUUACAAUCUCCGCAGAGAUUGUUUGGCUGCAUUUUUGUUGCCAUCCUUGCACUUCCAAAGAAAUGAAAUCAGAUAAUUCACAACUAUAAUGGUUGUUUCUGUUCAUUGUUUCUUGUUAGAAGUUGCAGAAAUUCAAAUAGCCAGGACAAGGCUUGGAUGA